AUGGCUGGAAUCUGGUUGCUUCUAGCACUGAGCUGUGCUGUGACCGCUGAUGUGAGCGCCGCCGCGCCAUCCCGGAUCCACGUCAACCCGGACAACCACUGGUUCCUGGACGCCUCCGGCCGCGCGCGCAUCUUUCACGGCAUCAACGCAGUCCAGAAAGGGUUUCCAUGGUACCCGGCCCAGAUGCUGAACCAGUCCCGACUGGACGAGCUGCAGAGUUGGGGGUUCAACGCCCUCCGGCUGGGGAUGAUGUGGGCUGGGGCAGAACCACAGGAGGGGAGGUACAACCAGACCUACAUGAGGAUUAUCCGGAACAUCACGGCUGAGCUGGGGAGGCGCGGCAUCUACACCAUACUGGACAUGCAUCAGGACAGUCUCGACUCCUUUUACGACGGUGUGCCUCCGUGGCUCGUCGCGAGUUUCCCGCCACCAGAGCACCCCUACCCCUGGCCGCUGAAAAACGUGACGUCAUGGGACGCCAACUACCUGACGCAGCGCUGCAGCCACAACUUUCAGUGUCUCUAUGACAACUACAAGGGUGCUGCCGACAAAAUGGCGGGCUUCUGGAAGUUUGUAGCGACCGAGUUUUCAAACCAGACGUCGGUGCUGGGUUACGAGCUGAUCAACGAGCCCUGGGUCGGCGAUUGGACGAAGGACCCGGAACUGUUCCUCCCAGGGCAUGCUGGGAAGAAGAACGUUGCUCCUCUGCAUGACCGCGUGAGCCGCGCCAUCCGAACUGUGGACGACGAAACACUGAUUUUCUACGAGCCUGUGAUUUGGGGGUACGUCUUCUCAGAAGACGGCGUGCUAGGGUCGGGUUUUGAGCAUGUACCGGGAGGGGCGGCGUACAGAAACCGUAGCGUCUUCUCCUACCACUACUACUGCCCGCUGUACCAGCCAUACCAGCAGCAGUACCCCAAGUACAAGAAAGUCGCCUGUGAUGACGUAUACGGCCCCAAGAUGUUCUCAGCCGUACAGGAGGACUUAGAAACACUCGGUGGAGGGUCUUUCCUCACGGAGUUCGGACUUUGCCGGCCAAACGCGAGCGAUCCGACUUACCCGGACACGGUGGAAUGUGGGUAUGUCUUGAAGCAAGCGGACAGUUUCUUACAGUCGUGGACCUAUUGGGACGCAACUCCUGGAAGUAGAGUGUUCUGGGACAGCACUGGACGUGCUAUCCCAGAAUCCAUCAGCCUUUUCGCCCGAACCUACGCACGCGCAGUGGCGGGUAUUCCCACGGCGAUGACCUUCGACAUCGACACCAGCCAUUUCCAACUGACCUUCACCUCCGACCCCUCCAUCAAGGCCCCCACGGAGAUUUUUGUACCCAGGAUGCAUUACGAGGCAGGGUACACCGUGCUGAGCUCCGCGGAGCUGGAGUGUGAGGUCGAUGAGAAGGACCACAGCCUCCUCUACAUCAGGCACAAACAGACCAAUCAGGUGCGAGCUUUACUGACAGACGAGUCAUCCGUAACCAUCGUGCCUUCUUCUGACGCCAACAGCAUCUCAGGAAACAUCUGCCUCAAGGUCAACUGGUAGAUAUGACCUUCAACAAAAAGAUCUCAGGGAG